UGUUUGCAAAAGCCAGAGAACAGGCUGUCUGCUUUGAGAUCACUGUGGAGUGGUGGUACGUCUCGACCGCUUAGAGGGAGCUGGCCUGCACACUUUGCUCCCCAGUCCUUGUGCCUCUCCAGUUUGCCUUUCCUUUCCUCCCGAUAAUUCCACAGCAGCUAUGGCCAGCCUGAAGGAAAUCUGUCGUGGCCUUCCUCUACAUCCUCUGCCCGAAAACAGAGGUCGGAGGAAAGGAGUACCCCACGCACCUGUGAGAACCCCUAAUCUCACUGCUCAGGAGAAAAAGCUGGCUUUGCGGAAUGCCUUGCGUUAUUUCCCACCUGAAAUACAGAAGAUAUUGGCGCUGGAAUUUGCUGAAGAACUCAGGCUGUAUGGACAUAUAUAUAUGUACAGGUUCUUUCCAGAUAUUGAGAUGAGAGCAUACCCCAUAGAAGAAUAUCCUUGCAAGACCAAAUCAGCUGCUGCUAUUAUGCUGAUGAUCAUGAAUAAUCUGGAUCCCUCAGUGGCUCAGUUUCCCCAGGAGCUUGUUACUUAUGGAGGAAACGGGCAGGUCUUCAGCAACUGGGCGCAGUUCUGGUUGGUCAUGCGCUAUUUGUCAGAGAUGACCGAAGAGCAAACAUUAGUAAUGUACAGUGGACAUCCUUUGGGACUCUUUCCCAGCCGUCAGUAUGCUCCUCGAUUAAUCAUUACUAACGGCAUGGUUAUUCCCAACUAUUCCACCAGAGAUGAAUAUGAGAAGAUGUUUGCUUUGGGAGUAACAAUGUAUGGUCAGAUGACUGCAGGGAGCUACUGCUACAUUGGACCCCAGGGGAUAGUGCAUGGAACUGUGCUCACAGUGCUGAACGCAGGCCGUCGCUACUUGAAAGUGGAAGACCUGUCUGGAAAGGUGUUCGUUACCUCUGGUCUUGGGGGAAUGAGUGGGGCUCAAGCGAAGGCUGCAGUCAUUGCUGGGUGUGUCGGGAUCAUCGCAGAGGUUGAUGAAGCAGCACUUUUGAAACGCUACAAGCAAGGAUGGCUGAUGGAAAUUUCUAAUAACCUGGACCACUGCAUUGCUCGCCUCAGAGAUGCAAGAAAGAAUAAAAUUGCCCUUAGUUUGGGUUACCAUGGAAAUGUGGUAGAUUUGUGGGAGAGGCUCGUGUAUGAGCUGGACACAACCGGAGAGCUGCUAGUUGAUCUAGGAUCUGACCAAACUUCAUGUCAUAACCCAUUCAGUGGGGGAUACUAUCCAGUUCAGCUCAGCUUUGAGGAAGCAAAGCAGCUCCUGUCUGCCAAUCCGGGGAAGUUCCGGACCUUGGUGCAAGAAAGUUUGAGGAGACAAGUGGCUGCUAUUAACAGACUAGCUGAUAAGGGCAUGUUUUUCUGGGAUUAUGGCAAUGCUUUUCUCUUGGAAGCUCAAAGGGCUGGUGCUGAUGUUGAGAAAAGAGGAGCCAAUAAAACAGAAUUCCGAUAUCCUUCCUACGUUCAGCACAUCAUGGGGGACAUUUUUUCUCUGGGAUUUGGGCCAUUUCGCUGGGUUUGCACCUCAGGUGACCCACAAGAUCUUUCUACCACUGACUCAAUCGCCAUGUCUGUGCUGGAGGACUCCAUACGUAGGGGAGUGAGCGCAUCUGUGAAGCAGCAGUACCAUGACAACAUCCGCUGGAUUCGGGAAGCUGGCAGGCACAGCUUGGUUGUUGGCUCUCAAGCUAGAAUCUUAUAUUCUGAUCAGAGGGGUCGUGUAUCUAUAGCCGUGGCUAUUAAUCAAGCGAUUUCUGAAGGAAAGAUUAAGGCUCCAGUAGUUCUCAGCCGAGAUCACCAUGAUGUGAGUGGGACCGACAGUCCUUACAGAGAAACGUCAAACAUUUAUGAUGGAUCAGCCUUCUGCGCAGACAUGGCGGUACAAAAUUUUGUAGGAGAUGCAUUCAGAGGAGCUACCUGGGUUGCCUUGCACAAUGGUGGUGGUGUUGGCUGGGGUGAAGUGAUCAAUGGGGGCUUUGGCCUUGUUUUGGACGGGUCUGCGGAGGCUGAAGAACGAGCUAAGAUGAUGCUUAGCUGGGAUGUUUCCAAUGGCGUUGCCAGACGCUGCUGGUCGGGUAAUGACUACGCUUAUGAAACGAUCUGUCAAGCAAUGAAAGAGAAUGUCACAUUGAAGGUGACUCUCCCUCACAAGGUGGCAGAUGAGAGUAUCUUGGAGCAAGCCCUGCAACGUUAAUGGGUCAGGAAAAUGUGGAACAACUCACGAUAAAUUACUAUGAGCGAAAUUCUGCAUCAGUCUGAGAUGGUGCCAUUCUGCUGCCUCUGAUGUUGUAUCUGCUUUACUGGCUCACAGCGAUGAGCUCGUUCUUCUGUAGAAGCUUGUUCCACUUGAGCACAACGGAACAUCUUCUAAAUGUACGGAAACCUCUGGGAAAAUGUAGAUCCUUAGUGCUGGCCUGUAGUUUUUCGCAAGAAAAAAUAGGCUACUUACCCAUUUGGAUGUAAGUAGUGCAAGCCGCUAGUAGUAGUAGGGUAAGCCGCUAUAACAAAACGAUCAUCUAGAUUUUCCUUCUGAAAUAAAGCAGGACUGAUGUAAAACAAGAUGAAGCCUCAAAGACAAACGGUGUAGCCUUCUUUCACACAUAAGUUGAUUAUAAAGUAAAAUAGAGAUAGACAGGUCUUUUUAGUCUCCCUUCCUCUUCCCAGGAAGAGUUAGGAAGACACAGAACCCGAAUGUGCCUAGAUGUAAUUUAUGUUUUAUAUAGCUUUAUAUUUAUAUAGCCUUUUAUUUUGCAUCUAAACCUACAAUUAUGUUUGUGUUAACAGUAACUCACUGAAGUUUUUUGUUCUAAUUAGCUCUGAUGCCGAUCCAAAAGUUGUGAGGCUUACUUUACAUGAACCCCCUAUAUGCAUACGUAUUGACAGAUACAUGUAUAUGCAUUAGCAUUUUACACACACAUACCCACACAUAUAUGCACACAAAAAUAACUCUUUCUGGCUAUUAUUAGCCUCAUGCUAAGCCUGGUCUUUGCAUUUGUCACCCACUGGCUCUAAUGUGUGUAUAUGGGCUUCAUUCAGACCCAGAGCAGCAUCAGUCCCUACCCCCAGCGCAUACUCAGUACUGGACUUCCCUGCUGUGGAUCUGGCAUGUUGCUCAACCCCCUUAGUGUUGUACCUGGCUCCCCUUGGGAGGGAAGGGGUCGCACAGGUAAACUUGCAUUGGCUGAUGCAGCUGGGGUGUGAUGAGCUGCGGUCCUCUGACAGCCACCUGUGUUUAUGCUGGGAGAGCUCAGGGAACGGCAGCUCCCACCACCUCCGGCUCCCGUGGCCAUCCCUGCUCCAGCUCAUUUGCCUGGUCUGCAGCGAGGGGCUGGCUGGCUGCCUAGGCGAAGAAUGUCCCCUUCUCCUAGCCUUGGCCAGGAGAUCAGCCAGAGGCUGCUGGUUGAACCGGUCUGGACUAACGGGGGUAACAAGAACUGGUUUCUGUUGUGUCUCGUGAUGGGUUCUUGAGGGUGGCUGUUCUCUGCAAAUGGAGGUGUGCUUUGCUGGAGGUCUUACAGACUGUGUGGUCUUGAGAGGAUACAACUGUUGGACCCUGUGGUACUUACCAGGUGAGCACUCUCUGCACCCCUGUGCUGCCCCUGGUGCCAAGUAAAGAAAACAGCAUUUUUGUAAUUCAAAAAAAUUGGUUCUUUACUCUGUUCACGUACUGUGUAUGUCUCCAGCUGAACAGGAUGAGUUGGCAUCUGCUUGCAACUGAACCUUCUGUGAAGUACAAUUUGCAGUUGGUUGGAACUGCUUUAUAUCAUGGAAAAAACACCCACGUUGCCAAGUUAUACGAUUGAGAUGUGAAUAGUUGUCAGCCAGAUUUGACAGCUUUUGCUUUAACAUAUGUUAUAUGUUACUUAUUAAUAAUAACCACACUGGAUUGGGACCAAAGUUUCUAUCUUGGUAGCUGUAUCCUAUAAAACCACUUUAGUCUUCAUAACCUAAAAGCACUGAGGUGCUGUUUGUCAUGAGGAACAUGCACGGUCUCUCCGUACUAAGGAAUGUAGGUCUGCUCCAUAGAGUCAUGUUAAUUCUGAGUUGAAAAUUCACUGAAGACAAAACGUUGAAGAAAUAUUUUUUACGGACCCUUCACCUAUUUCUGUAUUAUUUAGUACUGGAUACCUGCCAGCACGCUCUCCUUUGUAUCACGGACAAGAAGAACCCUGUUUUCAUCCUUGUGGCUUUACUGACCAGAUGACUUAACUUUGCAGGUAUGCCCAUGUUUAAAGCCACUCAAGCCCCUGGGCGUUUGUAAGUCCAGACUACUUGUAGGGAGAUGUAGAACCCAAAUAUGAGCUCUGUGCAAGAGCUGCUAGUUGAAGAUUGUAUUACAAAGUCAGUGACUAUUUACUUAACAUGAGUAAAGCAAGAAGAGUUAUAAAAAGGCAGUGAACUGACAAGCAGUUUAUCGUAUUUAUGAAUACUCACUGCUGCUUAUUUGAAUUAUGAAAUAUGUUUAGUUACGUGUAUACAUUUAAAUCUACGUUGUGGUCCUUUAACUGUGUAUCUCAAAGGAUUUAACUGAUGUGAACUGAGUGAGGUUUACAGUACCUUUGGGAGAGUACAGGGGAACAGGAACAUGCAGCAGGGGAUACCUGCUGUACAUCGGAGCAGAGGGUGCCCUGCGCUCUUUGAGACCUGAUGCAAAAUCACUCCGGCGAAAGAAGAAAUCCUCU